AACAGGUUUGUCUUGCUCUUCUAAAUGGUUUCAACCACAUUCACACACACACACUCACACUCCUCCAACAGGACAACACAGUGCGAUCGCUGAGCUAAAAGCAGAAACCCAGGCGAAGUGCAGGAGCUCGUCGGGACCAGUCCAGGAAACCCAAAUGACGAGGAUCUAGAGCUCAACUGAGAUGCUCUUAAAAAAUGGAAGCUGCUCAUCAGACAUCUACACAGAGGCACAGUUUACGGUUUCUGCAGAAUAAAGGGCAUUUAUUUUAAAGACCUGUAAACAGAAAGUAGACAAGUGUUUAACAAAAUGCCUGUGGACUCUGUCCAGCGACCAGCCAGGACUGCUGCUACACCCGCACGCUUACGGGCCAAGGGGCCAGUGGGGCCAGUGGGGCCACACUUCUAUCGGCAAAGCUCGAAGGCAGAGGGCAGACCGAAGCAGAGUGCCGUGGAGAGGCUGGAAGCAGACAAGGCUAAAUAUGUCAAGAGCCAGGUGGCUCUUUCAAAGCAGCAGCCAAUUAGGCCUCCUGAGGUUCAGAGGUCCCUCCGGAACCAUAGCACCCCCCUGCAGCCCACCAGGAAGUCACCCGCCCAAACAAAAACAAAGCAGGAGGGCGUCCAGCUUGACUUGGAGCACCUAACUAACCUCAUCAGUGUUGUGCAUGAUGGACUCCAGUCUAGUACGACUGCAGGCUCAGAGGACAGUAAAGUUCCUGACUGUGCGACCCCUGCACACAGCUCCCCUUGUCCCAUACCUGCAGGGGCACAACGGAAAAAGGAGAGGUUGCCUCCCCCUGUCCGCCCUGACAGGUCUAGUUCUGCCAAGGUGAGGUUAAAAGCCUCUGGACCUGCCAAGGUGGAGAGUGCAGGCCUUCCUGGGACUCCAGCUGCAGGGACAGUACGCAGAGUGGACGUCAUCCCUCAGGCCAGCCCUGUGAAGACACCCUGCAGACCACCUCUGUUCAUGAGGCAGCCCCUUCAGCCCACACCAUCUCAUUUUCAGUUACCACUCCGCUCAACUGCUUCACACCUGCAACUUUUCCACUCCAGGACAACACUGCAUUCUUCUCCUCUGAGACCUGUCGUUGCCCCCCCUAAACCUGACAACACUCCCUCCUCUCCAGCUGGAACCCCUGUCUCUGCUAAACCUGGCCCCACCCUUCCUGUUUUGCCUCCCCUCUCCCCGGCAAUUACACGUCUGUCCUCCUCCAGCUCCAGGAAACGCCCGUCUCUGACCCGUUCUAAAUCGGACAUGAGCGACCGGUUCUCCCGAGCUGGGACCGAACUGGAGCGCUUCUUCAACCUGUGCGGUUUGGACCCAGCAGACCUGCGGGAGUUGACUGGAUCUAGUUCUGACAUUGUGUCCCUUGCUCGUUUUCAAAGCGUGAGCGCGCCAGGGUCUGAGUGUGCCGGCUCCGGUAGAGAAGAUGAAGAUGAGGAGGAGGAUGCUGGCAAUGCUGCAGACCGUGCUCCCUACGGUGUGUCUGUCAUUGAGAGAAAUGCAAGAGUGAUUAAAUGGCUGUAUGGACUCCGUCAGGCCAAGGACAAUGCAAAUAAGAGCACCAACCUGUAGGAUGGUGCUAAAUGGUCUAUAAGCUGUAAAACAAAAGUCAAGAUUUCAACAUGUCACAGUUACAGAACACAUGAGGUGAUGGGAUCCCGUGUUUAAAUUUGAAGUAAACUGAGGUAUGUGAAGGAUGUAAACUGCCUGACAAGUAGCUCAUGCUGAUUUGGUUGUUCUUUGUUCUGAUUGGGGUUUUUUGUUUUGUUUUUAUUUGACAAAAUUUGAAAUUUGGUGAUUUACAUUUUGUUGCUGAGAAAAAGUCUUAAAUUUUUGUGUUAUUUUGACUUUUCAAAUAUGUUUGAAUUUCACAACUUUACAAUUGUAGCUGUGGUCAACAAACCACAUUCUGCUGUAAAUGGACAGCAUUAAAAACUAAAUGAUGUAAGCA